GCAGGAUUUCCCUAGGGGACCGCCCUCUUCCUGCUGCAGCUACUUCCCUCUUCGUCCCGUCCCCAUACCAGGUCCUCCUAUCUCUCGCUUUUCCCUGAAGGGACUCGGAGCCUCAGAAGAGCAGAUGUAGCGGAACAGGCAGGAAGCCCGGCUGAAAGAUGCGAGCAAUCGGUCUCGCCUCCGUCUCUCCCCUGGCAAAACGGAACCCAGCUGCUCUAACCCCCAUCUGACGGGAGUGACCGGAAGUGAUGCAUUAAAAGCGGGACACACGUGCCGCGCGGCGGAAGUACCUGAAGGAGACGGUUUGGUGGUCUUGCUUACCCCGGUUGCUGUCGUGGGAGGUGUGAGAUGGGUAAGCAGAAAAAAGCAAGGAAAUAUGCUACCAUGAAACGCAUGAUCAGCCUUCGUGAUCAACGCAUUAAAGAGACAGACAGAGCAAAACCUAAAGAAAAGAAGAAAGAAGAUCCCAGUGCAAUCAAGGAGACAGAAGCCCCUAAAUAUCCUUCAUGUUUGUUCUUCCAAUAUAACACACAACUAGGACCUCCGUACUACAUCUUAGUGGAUACCAACUUUAUUAAUUUUUCCAUUAAAGCCAAAUUGGAUCUAGUGCAGUCAAUGAUGGAUUGCCUCUAUGCCAAAUGCAUUCCCUGUAUCACAGAUUGUGUCAUGGCUGAAAUUGAGAAACUGGGACAGAAGUAUCGUGUAGCUUUAAGGAUAGCAAAAGAUCCACGAUUUGAGCGUUUGCCAUGCACUCACAAAGGAACCUAUGCAGAUGACUGUUUGGUACAGAGAGUCACACAGCACAAAUGUUACAUAGUGGCUACCAUAGACAGAGAUCUCAAGCGAAGAAUACGAAAGAUCCCAGGAGUCCCAAUAAUGUAUAUAUCUAACCACAGGUAUAACAUUGAGCGGAUGCCUGAUGAUUAUGGAGCUCCUCGGUUUUAAAUACCAUAGAAAGAGUGCCAAAUAAACCUACCAUGUCAAAUUCCGGAACACUGAGCCAGUUAUAAUACACUUCUAAUUCUGGUUCACUUCUUAUGGUGCUUGGAAUUUGAACUAUUUCAUUAGAUGAGCCUCUUCCAGAUAAAACGGAUGUUCUAUUCCAUGUUCUGGGAUCCAGAAUAAAUAUUUUGUAUUGUUUGGGAA